AUGUCGACGUUUAACGAUUCCACCUCGCUGUACUCGGGUGCCACUGGCGCUAACCCCCCUCGCUACUCGUCGGGGGUGGCCGCCACCACUGGCUCCGCCGGCGUUUCCGGCACCUCCGCCGCCCACCCUUCCGCCGCCGCCACCCACCCUGCCACCGGCGUCCCCGGCGCCGCUGGCGUCCCCGGCGCCGCUAACAACUGCCUGGUGUACCAAUUGAUCACAUGGCAAGACCCCGUCAAGACCGGUAAGGUGUUCGGGUCGAUCAUCCUCACCUUGUUGGCGUUCAAGGUCGGCAACCCCAUCAACUGGUUCUUCCACAUUGCCUACAUCGGGUUCAUCCUUGCCGCCGUCGCCGAGUACGGUGGCAAGUUGAUCAACGGCCAAGGCUUCGUCUCCAAGUACAAGCCCCCUGCCCACAAGAACAUCGCCCCCAAGUUGAAGAGCGACAUCUUCCCCGCCUUGGCCGACGCCAUUGGCAAGUUUGAAGACAAGCUCUACCGCGUCGUCUACGCUCAAGACUUUGAAUGCACCUUGAGAGCGGCGGCGAUGCUGUACCUCAUCUUCAAGCUCACCUCGUGGUUCUCGAUCUACACCCUCAUCUUCAUCGCCGUCGUCGGUGUGUUCACCGUCCCCGCGUUCUACGUGAGAAACAAGAAGGAAAUCGACGCCGUGGUGUCGCAAUACUACCGUUUGAUCAAGUCGAAGACCGCCGAAGCCACCGCUGACAUCAGAAAGCAAGUGCAACCUUUCGUCGACAACUUGGCCAAGAAGUCGGGCCCCCUCGGCAACUUUGUCCAACUGAAGUUCCCCACCAGAACUGCCGGCUCCACCGUCGGUAACAACACCGCCACCUCGUACGGCACCGGUGCCGACGCCCACGUUGGUGCCUCGUCGGGCAUCUCCACCUCGGCCACCUCGGCCACCCCCAGAGCCGCCCCUGCUACCCACUCCACCUCGUCUGGUUUCACCAACUCCACCACCUCGGCGUCGCUGUUCCCCUCGGUGCCCAAGUCGUCGCUUGACCCCGCCGGCUCUCUUGGCUCCACCGGCUCCACCCACGUCGCUUCCCACACCCCCGUGUCGUCGGGAUCCACCUACGCCUCGUCGCACGUGGCCAGCCACACCCCCACCGAGGACGAGUUGGACCAAUUGGCUCGUGACAUCAACGCCAACGCCCCCACCAACAAGUACUAA